AUGGCGCCAUCAUCAGCUUAUCACUAUAUUCCUGUCGGCUCCGUAUCAAUUUCGCAGGACCAAAGCAAUCUGGAACCCGACUACUGGGGCUCGGAUCAUCUUCGACAAUGGGUAUGGCUUUCCCGAACUACAGAUAUACACCAUCCAGGCGCGCCAGCCUACACUCAGCCUACAAUCCCUGAUGUGGCCCAGAGACAGCUUCUGGGCUCCCCAGAACUCAGCCACUACAGACGCCUAUUCCAAUACAAAUGGGCCAACCUCCAAUUCAAAAUACACAGCACUAAUCAUGGAACUCUGAGGGUGUAUCUCCUCCCAGACGAUGUAGCUCACCGGGCCAUAGACCGUACCGACGUUGGCUUGCAGAGGGCCAAGCAAGCUAUUCUAAACUCAAUCGACUACUCGGCUUCUGGAUGGAAUGGCCAUCCACUGGAUAUGUCUACAGAUCCAAUACCUUAUCAGAAUACUGACAUGGAUGCGAACACUCAAGAGAUGACAUUGCUUCAGCUAUUCAAUAGGCUCAACUCACCAAACCCAGACCCAAACAUUGUUUCCAAUGCUGGAGCGCAAAACGGAAUGUAUUCCUUGCUGGAAAGUAGAAUAGAUGGCUUAAAGACAGAUUUAUAUCCACACCAACGGCGCUCGUCGGCAUUGAUGCUCCAAAAAGAAUCCCAACCGGGCCAAACUCUAGAUCCUCGGCUGCAGCAUGUUCGAGAUCAGAAUGGCGAAGGUUGGUAUGUGGAUCUCGUCACUGGCAGCAUUCUGAAGGAGCCUCGGUACUAUGAUGGUAUAUCGGGAGGUGUCCUAGCAGAGGAGAUGGGUUCCGGCAAAACCCUGAUCUGCCUCGCUCUCAUAUUGGCCACCAAGCAAGUCUCUGCCAGUGCUCCAGAGAUCUAUGGGGUAGGGCAUGCUCCUACCCGUCCCAAGAUCGCCUCGCUAGCUGAAAUGGCUGCUUCGUGCGCAAACCGAAAUUCUGUUCCUUGGAAAACCUACUUCGACUCUUACGCCUCAGAAUAUGGCUAUGAAUUCCCCGAGUGUGUCAAUGCGCUCGAGAGAAACCCUGGAUAUUACUUCGUCCCGGCACCAGAAACCCGUCGUUGCGCAAGGCAUAGGAGCCAAUACCCCUUAAUUGCCACCAAGAAGGUCUUCUUGAGUGCAACAAGCCUUGUGAUUGUUCCAAACAACUUGGUUAAUCAGUGGCGCGAAGAAAUUCUCAAGCACACUAAUGGCCUUAACACCCUUAUUCUAACCAAACAUACUCCGAUACCCCCAAGUGAGGACAUUAUCAAGUAUGACAUGCUCCUAUUCCCCCAAGGUCGAUUCGAAAUGAUCUCGAGGGAACCUGGGGGGAUGGCCGGAUCGUCUCUAUCAAAAGUUCAUUUCCAGCGUUGCAUAGUAGAUGAAGGGCACAGGCUGGGAAAUUCGAGGAUCUCUGCUCGAAGCGUGCUCCUGACCAACCUCGACGAGUUACAAUGUACUUCACGCUGGAUAGUUACGGGUACACCCUCACACGGCUUAUUCGGACAAGAAAAUGACACCAUGGACACAGCAAGCCAGGUCACCUCCAACGGAAAUGGGUCUGAAGGGGGCCAUGAUUCAGAUCCACCUUCGAAUAAGUUGGAGAUGAAGGACCUGGAGAGGAUUGGGUCGAUAACAGCGCUCUACCUUAAAGCUCGACCGUGGGCAAACACUAGUACUGAACAAGGUGACACGCUUGCUGACUGGAAGACUUAUCUGAUGCUUCCGAAGCACAACUCGAGAAGUCGUGGCCGCUGGGACUGUUUGAACACGACUCUGAAUUCAUUAAUCAUCCGUCAUAAGGUGGCGGAGAUUGGAGAGCUUCUGCCGUCUGUAAAAGAAGACGUGAUAUACUUGGAAGGGUCAUACCAAGACCAACUUAGCACGAAUCUCUUCUCCAUGAUGAUUAUAUUCAACGCAGUGCAGUCUCAACGAACUGACCAGGACUAUUUCUUCCAUUCAAAGCAGAGGAGCAGUCUCUUGGAGAUUGUACAUAACUUGAAACAGGCGAGUUUUUUUGGAGGCUCUUUCUUUUCAGCACAGGAGAUUGAGAAGGCUGUGCACACAGCUGAAGAGUUUCUCAAGGAAAAGAAAGUAGAAUGCAGUCUUGAAGAUCAGCAGUUGCUUCAAGAGGCAAUCAAUCUUGGCCAUUUAGCAGGUCGCAAUGUCUUGCGAAAUCUAAGCAAUCUGUAUCACGAGAUGCCCAUAUGCGUCCAAGACCUCCCAGCCGAUUCAGGAUCGUCCUGGUGUCUAGGCGAAGCCUCUGACGGAACCGGGACAUGCACUUCAGCCAGUCUUCUCCUCAGUUUGCAAAGCAUAGUAUACAAUUCAUUGAGGGAUCCUGCCAAAUUCAAUGCGCUUCUCAAUGGAGGUCUGGCCUCGGAAGGCACCUUGGAAAAGAAGAAACUUCUCGAUUCUCAAACCCCGGCGGAAGAAACCCCAAGCGAGAGCCGCCGCUCGCCAACCCUCGCUGGCAACACCAAAAUAGGUCACGAUAACGCUCGAAAACAUCAUAAACACGUCGUCAAUCGUCUCAAGCCCAUUGACGAGCUGGAAUCAAAUACUUUCUCGCAUGUACUUGAUCCAGCCCGGAUUACAGCGACGGUCUCGGCGAAAUUGUCAUAUUUACUGGACAAUAUCAUCAGGUACCAAGACGAGGAAAAAAUCAUCGUCUUUUACGAAAAUCAAAACACCGCUUGGUACUUGGCCAGUAUGUUGGAUGUAGUUCAAGUACAAUAUCUUAUUUAUGCCAAAACCUUAUCGGUAGAACGGAGGGCGCAAUAUAUUAAGACUUUUAAUCACAACUCAAAAUUUAGGGUUCUCCUUAUGGAUCUAUCGCAAGCCGCCUUCGGCCUAGAUAUGCGCGACGCGUCGAGGAUCUACUUCAUCAGCCCGGUCCUGAACCCCCAGGUCGAGGCGCAGGCCAUAGGGCGUGUGCGAAGAAUAAGCCAGAACAAACCCGUGUCCGUGGAGACUCUUGUGCUACGGAACAGUCUCGACGAGGUCAUCCUCGAGCGCAAGCUGCAAAUGACCCAGGCCGAGCAUCGGCAGACCAAGACGAUCCUGGACAUCCCUUCCAUUUACAAUUGGAUCAAGAACGCUAAGAUCACGCCUCUUCCCGAGUGCUCGGAAGAUCAGGUCUCGCAAAUGUCUAACCUCGUCCUCUCACAUCACGUCUUUGGGCGCGGUUUUGGGAGGGUUGUUCACCCUGAUGAGGACCUUGCUCCCAGCAGCCCAGUGAGGCCAUCGAGAAGCGAUCUCGCGCACUCUAAUCUGGAUCAAAACGGCCAAAAGCGACCAUACGAAGCGGGUCCCGGCAAGUUCAUGCGUCAAGAGCGGAUUGUUUCAAGUGCGAAUAGAAUAGAGCUGGAAUUAGAGCUUCCUGCUCGUCCCACACGGAGGGUCAAAUUUUCUGUGGAUUAG